AUCUUCUUUCGUUUUUCUAUAAGCCGUUCCACAUCAAAUCGGUGCUUCAAAAUGGAAAAUGUAGAAGUUCUACUAAAAGACAACCCUUUUGUCCCACCAAAGGGUACAUAUUGUCCCGUGAAUGACAUCCCUCCGGAGCUCCUUUCUCUCAUCUUCGAGGUUGGUGCCCAAUCCAUUUCGGAGGAAGAUGAGGAUGAGGAUGAGGAAGACGAGGCAAUGGCGGCGUUCUGGAAUUUGGAAGCGGGCGCGGAAGACGGUGUAGACGAAGUCAGCGAUACGACACACUUACAACAAAGCAGAGGGACGGGGAAUGUUAACGAUGGUGUUGAUGACGAAGGAUCGGAACCAUCGAUGGCUAGCGACUCGACAUUCGAGGCCGCACCACCAUUUGAAGUACUCAUAUCGCAUGUCUGCCAGCAUUGGCGCACAGUAGCCCUUAAUACCCCGUCUCUCUGGACGAAGAUCGACGUAUCACCUCUCGAAUCACCCCCAUUUGAACGAGUUCAGAUUUUGCUUGAACGCAGCAAGAGCCUCCCUAUCGACAUCCACAUAGACUGUGAACCUCCCGAUGACGAUGAUGACGAUGACGAAGAAGAAGAGGAUUACUCAGGCUCUGAAGACUCGGAGCUUGAUCAGUCCCCGCGUUCAAUGUCCUUUUCCGAUCUCGAUAAUCUCAUGUCCCUUCUUAUUCCACAUAUAUCACGCUGGGGAUCUAUCGAAGUGGCGGUUGCAUGUUACAAGCACAUGUUUAUUUUCCUCUCUGCAGUCUCCGAUCCUUCCAUAGCAGGUGCUCCCCAGCUCGAGGCUCUCCAAUUGUAUCACCAUGAAGACGCAGAAAGCACCACAGCGUUCGCACGUCCUGACCUGGUACAGCAUUUCAAGUUGUUUGGAGGCAUUGCUCCGCGUCUCAAGAGCGUAGCGUUUUGGGGUGUACACGUCGACUGGUGCCAAGAAUGGUUAUCUUGCGGGUCCAAUCUCUUGGAUUUGGAGCUCGCUUACCAUACCGAUGAUGUGCGACCAUCAUGGACACAGUUUGUUGGCAUCCUUCGCGGUGCACCGAAGCUAGAAACACUCUCUCUAUGCAGUUCUGGUCCCCUCGGUGCUCCUAGUGACUGGUGUCACGAAGGAAUUUCAGGAAGCUAUGGCGAUGACUCUACCGGAGUCAUCGAGUUGCGCUCACUGACAGAUCUUGUCCUGGCAUUCCAUUUGCCAGUCUACGCCAGCGGGUUACUCCGCCGUCUGGCAUUUCCCGCACUCAAAAGCCUCACACUCGACUUGGACGACGGAGAUUUUACGGAUCUUGUAGUUCAACUUGCUGCUCCUGCAACGACCGCAGUCCCGGUGGCACCCAAAGACGGAGAGAAGAAGCGCAGUUUACUCAGCGGACUUGACACCCUCAAAAUAUCCGGUCUUCCCUGCUCAGACCGUAGCGUAGAACUCAUUUACUUGAUCACCCUUGCUCAAUAUCUGGCCAUCAAGACGUUUGUCACGCCUGGCUCCCAUCGCUUACCACUUUGUCGACUACCGACGUCCCUGGACACAAAAUACGCGAGUUGGUGCACAAGCGAAGGGACGCAGGUGUCCCUCUAAAAGCUGUGUAUAUGGAGGAGAACGAUGAUAUCUCGGAUUGUGAUUUGCAAUGGUUGAAAGAAAAUUUGGAGACGUUUGAUCGCUUUGAGGGCAGCGACGAUGAAUUCGAGCCACUAGCAGAUAUCGAAGAGGAACACGAGGGUUCGGAGUCGGAAUGGGAGGAAGUGGAUGAUUGACUGCAGGUGCUUGCAU